AGCGUUCGUUGUCCAGCCCUCUUUCGUCCAGCGCUAAUCCACGACCAUCACUCCUCGCUCCACCGCCCUUCACCACCAUCGACAUAAUCGCAGUAACCAAAACUGAAACUUGAUUACUGCUUUGACUGUCGCAGUAAUCGCAGCUCCCCCACCGGCGGUCCACUUCAUAAGCAAUAAUUGCCGCUGCGAAUUUCUGUUCCCAGUUAUCUGUGCCAUGGCAGCCAAUAUAAACAUGGAGAUUGAGGAGGAUGACGAUUAUGUUGAGUAUGUUCCUGUUGCAAAGCGAAGGGCACUUGAGGCACAAAAGAUUCUCCAGCGCAAGGGGAAAUCUGCAGCAUUGGAAGAGGAAGCUGAAAAGAUAAAACAAGUUGAGGCAAAGCCAAGUUUGCUUGUGAAGGCUACUCAGCUAAAGAAGGAGCUGCCAGAGGUCACUGAGACCGAGCAAAUGGUUCUGCAAGAGAAGGAGAUGAUUGAGCAUCUCUCUGAUAGAAAGACUUUAAUGUCAGUGCGUGAACUUGCAAAGGGGAUUACAUAUACAGAACCUAUGUUCACGGGCUGGAAGCCACCAUUAGCCAUCAGAAGGAUGUCAAAAAAAGCUUGUGACACCAUCCGCAAACAGUGGCAUAUUAUUGUGGAUGGAGACGACAUCCCACCACCCAUAAAAAAUUUUAAAGAGAUGAGGUUUCCUGAACCUAUUCUGGAGAAGCUUAAAGCAAAGGGCAUUGUUCAACCGACUCCCAUCCAGGUACAGGGAUUGCCUGUUAUUUUGUCUGGAAGAGAUAUGAUAGGAAUUGCAUUCACAGGAUCUGGGAAGACGUUGGUUUUUGUGUUACCACUUAUCAUGGUGGCCCUCCAGGAGGAGAUUAUGAUGCCUAUUGUACCUGGCGAAGGGCCUUUUGGCUUAAUCAUUUGCCCUUCUAGAGAGCUUGCACGACAAACAUAUGAAGUCAUAGAACAGUUUAUAGAGCCUUUAAGGGAGAUUGGGUACCCUGAAUUGAGACCUCUAUUAUGUAUUGGAGGAGUUGACAUGAAGUCCCAGCUUGAUGUAGUAAAGAAAGGAGUUCAUAUUGUCGUUGCUACACCUGGAAGACUUAAAGAUAUGCUUGCAAAAAAGAAAAUGAACCUUGACAAUUGCAGAUAUUUGACAUUAGAUGAGGCAGAUAGAUUAGUGGACCUUGGUUUUGAAGAUGACAUCAGGGAAGUUUUUGAUCAUUUUAAAGCACAAAGGCAAACUCUACUUUUUUCUGCCACAAUGCCCACAAAGAUCCAAAAUUUUGCUAGGAGUGCUUUGGUUAAGCCCAUAACUGUGAAUGUGGGAAGAGCAGGAGCAGCCAACUUGGAUGUGAUCCAAGAAGUAGAAUAUGUGAAGCAGGAGGCAAAGCUUGUUUAUCUUCUUCAUUGUUUGCAGAAAACACCCCCUCCAGUUUUAAUUUUCUGUGAGAACAAAGCUGAUGUUGAUGACAUACAUGAGUACCUACUUUUGAAAGGUGUGGAAGCCGUUGCUAUUCAUGGAGGAAAAGACCAAGAAGACAGAGAGUAUGCGAUUUCAUCAUUCAAAUCAGGCAAGAAGGAUGUGUUGGUGGCAACUGACGUCGCCUCAAAAGGGUUGGAUUUUCCUGAUAUUCAGCACGUAAUAAACUAUGAUAUGCCUGCAGAAAUUGAGAACUAUGUUCAUAGGAUUGGACGAACAGGUAGAUGUGGGAAAACAGGAAUUGCCACAACGUUCAUUAAUAAAACUCAGAGUCCAACUACUCUUCUUGAUCUGAAACACCUGUUGCAAGAAGCUAAGCAAAGGAUUCCUCCAGUUCUUGCUGAACUUGAAAAUCCAAUGGCAGAUGAUGAUGCAAUUAUGAAUGCAAGUGGUGUCAAAGGUUGUGCCUACUGUGGCGGACUUGGUCAUCGUAUUCGUGAUUGCCCCAAACUUGAGCAUCAAAAAAGCCAACAGAUUGCCAAUCAAAGAAGGGAUUAUUUUGGAUCUGGUGGAUAUCGAGGAGAAAUUUGAAUUUUGUUUACAAUUUAUAUAUGUUGGCAAUACUUUUGCAUUUUCCAAUGCUUUUCUACUUGUGGAGAAAAUUCCUGUUGUACUAAUAUACCUUUAUAACUGAAUCUUAGUUGGCAUAUAUUUGAGGUAGAAAUGUGCUUCUAUUUCAUCUUUGUAGAUUUACUGCAGUGAAGAUUGUUCUAUGGCA